AUGAAGGUAAUUACAUGGAAUGUUAGGGGCAUUAAUGCCCCUAACAAGCAGCGUAUAUUGAAACACUAUCUACCUUCUCUUGAAGGAGACAUAAUGCUGAUACAAAAAACAAAAUUAGACGAAGAAGGAUAUAAGUCUCUCAAGAAAAAAGUAGGAAUUUGGGAGGUAGUAGGUGUUCCCUCGAGUGGGGCUUCAGGUGGAUUAGGAGUACUGUGGGAUCCUAGAUGGGUGUUAUUCUCCAAAAUGGGGAGUAGUAGUAAUUGGAUUUGUGGCAAGGUACAGAGUUUAAAGAGUAAACUAACUUUCAUUAUCAUCAAUAUAUAUGGUCCAAAAUUUUUGCAUGAAAAAAGGGAGGUAUGGGCAGAGAUAGACAGACUCGCACAGGAUUUUAGUGGUGAACAUAUAUUUCUUGGGGGGGACUUCAAUGCAGUUCUAAACAUGUCUGAUAAGCAAGGAGGAUCCACAAAGGAAACUCAAACGAUUAGAGAGUUUCGGGAAUGGCUACAGAAUAACCACUAUAUGGAAAUUCAAACUACUAAUGGAGAGUAUACAUGGUCCAAUAGACGAUCGGGGGCAACCUUUAUUGCUGAAAAGUUAGAUAGGUUUUUCUUUAAGGGGAACCUUGCAAAUUUUGACUUUGAUAUCUGUUCGUCCAUCUUAUCAGCAAUUGGUUCGGAUCACUUACCCGUCCAACUUACUUUGGUAGAACAUAGACAACCAUCAAGAUAUCCUUUUCGAUUCAAAAAAAUGUGGUUAAAAGAUGAGAAUCUUUUACAAUUGAUAGAGAAAUGGUGGGGGGAAAGAUCUUUUAAGGGAUCAAAAGCUUAUAUCUUCAUAUCAAAACUUAAAUAUGUUAAGAAAAAGCUUAUGGAAUGGAAUAGAGAUAGUUUUGGAGAUAUAUUUGAAAAGAAAAGGAGUCUAGAACAGUGA